AUGAAAAGCAAUCUGUCGAGCUCAAGGUGUUUCAAGAUCUGCUCGACAAGUACGUUGCCGAGAUUGACAAGAUCCUGGUGGACAUGAAGACGAUGCUAGGGGUUCAGACAUUCAUCGAUAAUAGAGGGUAAUCCUUCACGACAACCGAGAAAUGGUAGUCAGCUGGUUUGAUUAUGAAAAUACUGCUCUGCCUCGUACUUGCCCCGCCCAUGUCAACCGUAUGCACAACCCAUACAAUGAAAUCCAGGCUUGGGCGUGUACUGGUCACUCAGACUCGACGUUUAUCAUUGAGCCAAGGCCGACCCCACAGCAUGCUCCAAUCCAUGUAUCGCUCUCUUCUUCCAUCCCUUCUGCCACACACCGGGAUAGAUUCACCAAAAACACUUUACAUCAGUACACCGGGGUCCGGAGGUUGCUCUCAUUCACUGUUCGAACAUGCGCGUGAUGUGCCAAAUUCUCUCCAUCUCCGCCUCUGACACUUCCCAAUCCCAACCACCCAGAACAACGAAUGAUUCCCCUGCUCAUUCUUCGCUCCGGUAUCUUCAGACGCCAAAUUACGAGAGAAGUCAGCCGCUG